CGAUGUUAGUUCAUGUUAUGUCUUCUGAGUGGGUGAAGUGGGAGGGACUUAGAGAAGCCAGAAAAAGAUGAGUGGCAGUAAUCAGUGGUGAAUCAGUGAAAAGAUGAAGCUUCUUCUGAGCAGUCUGCUGCUGGGCUCUCUCUGUGCCAUCUCAUCUCGCAGUGCUUCAUCUACAGACAUUGUGACCCAGACCCCUGAUGUUUCUGUCAUGGAGGGCGACGCUCUAAACAUCACCUGCUGCUUCACCUCGAUGUCUGAAAGAGCGAGGUUCAACUGGCGGAAACAUCUGACAGAGAAUUGGAAUCAGUCCAGCGUCAUUAAUAAAUGGCCUCAAGGAUCCCAGAUGAAUCAUUCCUGUUCAACUUUGACCUUUUCAAAUAUCACAAGAGAGGAUUCAGGGAAAUACAUCUGCAACGUGACGGUGGAGAUACCGUUAUAUUCCAUGAAGGAAGGAAAUGGUACCGUCAUCACAGUUAAGCCCAGAGGAAGCGCAGAUGUCCCUCCGGCUCGUUCUGAUGAAGUCCCCAUAAUAAUUGCCGCUGCUGUUGUGGGUCUGUUGCUCCUCAUCGCGCUCGGCUGUUACUGCACUCUGCGAAUCAGACAUGCACAAGCAGUCAGGGUGAUCUACGAGGUUCCCCACAUUGACUCCGAAGAGGCAGAUAUGGAUAAACACAGCACCAGCUCCUCCAGAGGCUCUUCUCAGUGGUGUCAGGUACCAGUGUAUGAAUCCUUUGAUUACUUUGAACGGGUGAAAAACAAAGAAAGUGGAUGAGGAUCUACUCAGCUCAUUUCUUCGUCUUCCAGUAUUUUCUGUAUUUACUUUUCUUCAUGUGAAUAAUGUACAAUAAUUGACUUAUGUCUACAUUGAUUGUGUAAAAGAUUUUUAAAUGUUUCUAUAAACUGCCUCUUAUUCAAGUAUUUUCUGUAUUUACUUUUUCUUCAUGUGAAUAAUGUAAAAGAAUUUACUCAGAUCCAUAUGGAUUAUGUAAAAGCUUAUAUAUUUGCAAAUAUUUUACUAUUUUUCUAUAAACUGCCUUUUAUUCAUCUUUGUGGAUUACAUUCUUUUCAGUCAUGACAUGGUGUGUGUGUGUGUGUGUUCAUUUACAGACAGUUUUACUUGUAUCACACUGAAAGGGUUUGACGGGAUCACACUGUGGUCCACAUCAGUGAGUGGUAUUGAGGCAGAAGCAGAGAUGCAGGUCCCACGGUGACUUGUGUUUACGAUGGGGACACUGAGAGGAAACUGUGGUGUUGAGGGGUUGUUGCGUAAUAGGUCAGUGACAGGAAGUGGAAACCAUGCCUGUGACGGUCGAAGUAGCAUUGUGCGUACAUUCACCACACAAGGCCCUCCAAGUGGAUACAGAACAUCUAUAAAGAUACAUACAGGCUCUUACUGUAAAUGACCAUGCUUUCCAGUCAUUAUCUUAACAUCAUUCAUAUCACAAUACACGGGCUCAUACAUUUCUGUCCCAAGACCAUGUUAGUAAAACACAUUUAGAAAAUUUACACAAAGAAUAGAAGAGCUGACUUUUUCCCAUUUUGUCUUCAUCCUCUACCAUUAUGUUAUCAUGUUAUAAUGUUGAACACGAUGUCAACAUUUGUUCAUUAAUGAAAUCAAAGUUUGAGGUUAACACUUCAUAUCGAAAGAGCAACUGGGUCAAAAGAUGUGAAGCUGUAGCUGCUUGAAGACAAGAAAUUAAGCCAAUUGGUGACAAGUACUUCAAACACAGAAUGAUCAAAUGUUUGUGCUUAAAAUUAAACAUUUUCACUGAC